AAAAAGGAUUUCGCAGGAUUUAGAGAUGCAUAAAAAAUGGCUAAAAAUUGUCCUGUCAUGAUCUUGACGAUAAAUCAAGAGAUUGUGAAUAUCCUGAGUAAACAUAACCACUCCAUGGAAUAGUGAAUCAAACAAACAAUCUAUUAUUGAAUAUAUCUAAAACUGGCUACUAUGUUUUACACUCGAAAAUCACAAGAUUCACACUAACUAGAUGUUGUCUCCAUUCACUCAAUAUUUUGUAAGUAGUCUCAAUAGUUAGAUAAAGUAGAACUAGAAGUAUUCUACGCAUUGUAAGUAUAAUAAUGUUUUUAAAUCUCAUUUUAUUAAAUUAUUACAGGUGAUGGGUGCAUGAAUGUUAUCAUUAGUGGAGUUUCAUCACAAGCUAACAACGAUAACUUUUCUGAUGAUGAUGUCAUAGAAGUUGUUAGAGACGAAGCGCCUAUUGAAAUUCUUUCAGACGGGGAAGAGAGAGAACUCGAAAUGAUAAAAUCGCAACCUACAAGUGUCAUACAAGAUUUUCAUUUUACGUCAGUUCCCACGAUAGUUGAAACACACUCUGAAAAUAUACAACGUACUGAUGCAGCGGAUAUAGAGGAUCCUCUUCGAAAUAUUUCUCUUGAUGAGAAAACAGAUGUCACUAAUGUACACGCAAAUAAUUCCAAUUCCAUCGUGUUCGAACAACCUUCAGAUGCAGAUUUCAACACGAAUGAUAAUAACAUCCAAACAGAUGAUCAGACUGAUAAAAUUUCGGUAAUAAGCAGCACUUUGCAAAAUAACUCAGAAUUGAAUGUGACUUCCGAAAUUGAAAACACUCCUGAUUGUGAUUCUAUUGCAAAAGAAAAAAAAGAUAUCUGCGACACCGUGCCUGAAUCUAAUGAUAUUAUCAAUGAUGACAGUCCGAAAUAAGAGCAGAAAAGCAUUUUCAUAAGUUUUUAAUUAUUACGCAAAAAUAUGUAUUUUGUAGAAAGCGCUUCAUUGAAAUAUUUUAUUACUAAAAUAGUAAUCAAAUUCAAGCGUUUAAUUUAGCUUAAACUUAAGUUUGUGUGAACUUUUCGUUACUUGGUAAUUCCUUAGUAAAGUUUUCGAGAACCAAUAAAAUGAAUUUAAC